GUUUUAUUUUGUACAGAUGUGUCACUUUACCCAAAGAAGUUCAGCUUUGUCGUUUCCAAAAAUAUGUAAUGUAUUUUGGCGGUUUCAUCAUACAAGUACAUCCCACUUGUGCAGCUGCAGUAAGACAGUUAGUGAUGAAAAAUACCAAGACCCUUUUCAACUUGGUAGAAAAGACUUGAAGAAUCUCUAUGAAGAUAUUAAAAAGGAAUUACUUGUUUCUGCAGCAGAACUUAAGGAAAUGUGUGAUUAUUACUUUGAUGGGAAAGGAAAGGCUUUUCGACCGAUGAUUGUGGUGCUAAUGGCUCGGGCUUGCAACAUUCACCAUAAUAAUUCCAAGGAGGUGCAAGCAAGCCAGCGCUCUGUGGCCAUAAUUGCUGAGAUGAUCCACACAGCCAGUCUAGUUCAUGAUGAUGUUAUUGAUGAUGCAAAUUCUCGCAGAGGAAAAAGGACACUUAAUCAAAUCUGGGGAGAGAGGAAGGCUGUUCUAGCUGGUGACUUCAUCCUCUCAGCUGCUUCUGUAGCUUUAGCCCGAAUUGGAAAUACUACUAUCGUCUCUGUUCUAACUCAGGUGAUUGAAGAUCUGGUGCGUGGUGAAUUCCUCCAGUUGGGUUCCAAGGAAAACGAGAAUGAGAGAUUUGCUCACUACCUCGAGAAGACUUUUAAGAAGACUGCGAGUCUUAUAGCAAACAGUUGUAAAGCAGUUUCAAUACUAGGCUGCCCUGAUCCCAAAGUUCAUGAGAUUGCAUAUCAGUAUGGAAAAAAUGUUGGCAUAGCUUUUCAGCUAAUAGAUGACGUGCUGGAUUUUACAUCAUGUGCCGACCAUCUGGGGAAACCAACAGCAGCAGAUCUCAAGCUUGGAUUGGCCACAGGCCCCGUCUUGUUUGCUUGUCGACAGUUUCCAGAAAUGAAUGCUAUGAUAAUGAGGAGAUUCAGUAGGCCAGGAGAUGUUGAACGUGCUUGGAAAUAUGUGUUGCAGAGUGAUGGUGUGCAGCAGACAACCUACCUCGCCCAGCGCUACUGCCACGCGGCCACGCGAGAGAUCCGCAAACUGCGGCCGUCCCCCGAGAGGGAAGCCCUCGUCCACCUGACAGAAAUGGUUCUCAUGCGAGACAAGUGAGACAACUCCUUCCACUCGUCCUGGCAGCUACUUACCAGACUGUGCCUACAUUUAUUUCAAAAGUUAUUUGCUUCCAACACAGGCUACCAAAAAUUAUUUUUUUAAAUUUUUUUUUUUUUUUUAAAACAAAAGUUUAAAGUGUUUUACUGCAGGAAGCAAUGCAAUUCAGAGCAAAUCAAACUGUGCUGUACAAUUGUUUUAGUGGGGGGCUGGUGAUUGUGGGGGAUGGGGAAGAUGUUUACAUGUCGAUGCACAAAGGCCACAAUGAGAAUAAAUAUAAAUCAGUGUAUAAGAACUGAA